GAGGAAACUCAAGAGAUUCCUCUCCGUAGCUAACAGUAGCUAGCCGGCUAAUCUCUUGCACAACGCAGUUGUGUUUAUAUUAUUGUCCGUUUCAAUGUCCGUGUCUUUUUUUCCCUUUAUAUUACAGUAAUUUUCCAAUACGCCGUCAGUGACAAAAGUGAGUCAGACACCGACGGACAAGUUUAAAUACGCCGGAUGUUUGGCCACUGUUGCUUUCUCCCAGGAUGCUAGCACAUAAGCGAGCCAGCUAGCUAGCCAACCUGCUAAAGUAGCAGCACUGUCCGGAUGCUCUGAACAGCAACGCAGCGGAUUUUGGGGAGUUUCUAGUCGGCCUUGCAUGAUGUCAAGCAACCGGCCACAGCUAAACGCUGGUGGGGCGAGUUCAGUGCCCGGCACAAGUAGCAACAGCACGGGGGGCACUGGGAACACUAACGGCGGCGGUGGCAGCAACUCCGUCACAAGUAAUGGUAACAAUUCUGGAAAUGUUGUGCCCUCCCGGACCUUGGCACCAGCCGGCGACGGCGGCUUGUCGGUGCCAACUUUGGCCGCCGUACCGUCGUCCCGGGGCGGUUUUGCUUCUCUGAGUAGACCCUCUGCGUCCUCGGGCAGCAGGAAGAAAUCCCUCCAUCAAACACCCCUAUACAACGGCCUCUUGAAUUCAUACGAAGAUAAAAGCAACGACUUUGUCUGUCCCAUUUGCUUCGAAAUGAUAGAAGAGGCACACAUGACAAAGUGUGGGCACAGUUUUUGUUUCAAGUGUAUCCGCCAGAGUCUGGAGGACAGCAACAGAUGUCCCAAGUGCAACUAUAUUGUCGACAAUGUGGAUCAGCUUUACCCAAACUUUCUUGUCAACGAACUGAUUCUUAAACAAAAGCAAAGGUCGGAGGAGAAGAGACUAAAAUUAGAUCAUCCUAACGGGUCUAGGUGGCAGGUGUUCCAGGAUGUGUUGAGUCCUGACCAGGAGAACUUGGACCUGGCAAAUGUCAAUCUGAUGCUGGAGCUCCUGGUCCAGAAGAAGAAGCAGCUGGAGGCAGAAUCCCAAGCAGCUCAAAGACAAAUCCUCAUGGAGUUCCUUAAAGAAGCCAGGAGAAACAAGAGAGAGCAACUGGAGCAGCUACAGAAAGAGCUCAACUUUCUCGAAGAGGACAUUAAGCGUGUUGAGGAAAUGAGCGGGCUGUACUCUCCGAUGAUGGAGGCCGAGUGUACGGUGCCUAAUGUCGAGGCUCCCUCACCAGCACCCAGCUGCAGUAGUAUUAUUGACCCACCAGACUACAGCCAGCCUCCAGGAUUUGGUGGAACAACCCAGGGCAAGAGACAGACCUGGUACAACAGCACCCUGGCGUCAAGGAGGAAGAGGCUGACUGCUCAUUUUGAGGAUCUAGAGCAGUGCUACUUCUCCAACAAAAUGUCACGCAUCACAGAUGAGGGCAGGAACCUGAACCAGCUGGAUGAUUUCAUGGAGUGCCUGUCUAAGUUCACUCGCUACAAUUCUGUGCGGCCACUCGCCACCCUCUCGUACGCCAGUGACCUCUAUAACGGCUCCAGUAUUGUCUCCAGUAUUGAGUUUGACCGUGACUGUGACUACUUUGCCAUUGCUGGAGUGACCAAGAAGAUCAAGGUGUUUGAGUACGGCACAGUGAUCCAGGAUGCAGUGGACAUCCACUACCCUGUUAACGAAAUGACCUGCAAUUCCAAAAUCAGCUGUAUCAGCUGGAGCAGCUAUCACAAGAACCUUCUGGCCAGCAGUGACUACGAAGGUACUGUCAUCCUGUGGGAUGGAUUCACUGGCCAGAGGUCCAAAGUCUACCAGGAACAUGAAAAAAGGUGUUGGAGUGUUGACUUCAAUCUGAUGGACCCCAAGCUCUUAGCCUCCGGUUCUGAUGAUGCUAAAGUGAAGUUAUGGUCAACCAAUCUUGAUAACUCGGUGGCCAGCAUCGAGGCCAAGGCCAAUGUCUGCUGUGUAAAAUUCAGUCCAACCUCCAGGUAUCAUCUGGCCUUUGGCUGUGCAGACCACUGUGUCCACUACUAUGAUCUACGCAACACUAAGCAGCCAAUCAUGGUGUUCAAAGGUCACAGGAAGGCAGUGUCCUACGCCAAGUUUGUCAACGGAGAGGAAAUUGUUUCUGCUUCAACAGACAGUCAGCUGAAGCUGUGGAACGUCAACAAACCCCACUGCCUGCGCUCCUUCAAGGGUCACAUCAACGAGAAGAACUUUGUAGGCCUGGCUUCCAAUGGAGACUAUGUUGCCUGUGGCAGUGAAAACAACUCCUUGUACUUAUACUACAAAGGACUUUCCAAGACACUGUUAACAUUCAAGUUCGACACAGUGAAGAGCGUCCUGGACAAGGACAAGAAGGAGGACGACACCAAUGAGUUUGUGAGCGCUGUGUGCUGGAGAGCCCUGCCUGAUGGAGAGUCAAAUGUACUGAUUGCUGCAAACAGUCAAGGAACAAUCAAGGUACUUGAGCUCGUCUGAAGGUCCACCACGUCUUCAGCGUGCGACAGAACCUCCGUCAGCCUCUUUGUUCGGCAGAGGAUCAGUCUGAUGCAGGGAGAGCCCAGGCUGCCUGCUGAACAAGGAUACCCGACAACACUGGGAGAGCUGAAAAGAACUGAAGCUGUCUUCUUUUAACAAGCUCCAAAUUUCAGACAGCAGUAAAGACUUUGGAGCAGUGCAUCAGUAUAGCAGGAGCAGAUGCACUGUCAUUUUACUGCGACAAAAAAAAAACCGAGGACCUAGUUUGGGCACAAAUGGAACAAGAGACUUUAGAAAGCAUUUUUGUUUCUUUUCAGUAAAGUUAUAUCUGCUACAAUAGAACACCUCUUUAUGGUUUUAGGUCAAAUCAAAACUUGUACCUUUUUUUUAAUUAAGCUGUCGCUCUCAAGGGUACAUCCAGCCAAACGCUACUAGUGUGAUGCAUUUUCCCUUUUAAAGGCCAAAGCACAAGACAAACGACAUGCAAAAAUUGUCUUCACAAGAAGCUUUUAACCCCCCCUCAUUGUUUGUCACUGUUUCCCCCCUUUAUGUGUAGUUUUUUGUGUUUUUUCAGAUUGAGAGAAAGCUGUUUUAAUAAUAUGACUUGAAUUUCAUUCUGUCAGGCAUAUCAUCAGUUCCCUUUUUGGCUUAAGAGUGUAGAAUGUGAGGUAGUGUAUGGAAAUCAAGGAAGACCAAUGGAUUAUGGAAAAUGUAUUUCUGUCACUAUCAGAACUUAAUGGGAGUUGACAUGUUUGUCUAAUCAGUGUAACUUGAGGCAUUGAUCUGCAAUGCUACAUCGAACUGGAUUAUUUUUCCACGUGUGUGAGCUGUUGGUUGAAAAUGAGAACCUCACAGAUUUAGUUCUUUUAAAGUAGCAAUGGAAUUACUCUUCACAUACUGUAGGAACUGAGCUUCAACAACAACUGUGGAGGCCUGGUCCAUGUUGACAACAUUGACAUCAAGAGGAUUUGGUAAACACCGCCAAGACCUACCUAUUUUAUGAUAACUGAGUGAGAGAGGUGUUUUGUAUUUGUAUAACUGAAUAAAUUAUUUCGAAACAA